AUGCUGGUGGGCGGGGCUUACACUCCCACAUGCGAAGCGCCGGGCUCGGGAUCCAGGACCAGGAUCAUGGCUAGCAGGUGGCCGGCUUCCCACCGCCCACCUGGGCGCCUCUUGUCCGUCCGCAGCACUUACGGGAAGCUGUGGCAGGAAUCGCGGCGGAUCCUGAAGGAGCUGUUGGAUCAGGAGCUGUCCGCCGAGCCCAGGAAGCCCGAGAAGAACCGGACCGUUUUCUGGCACCGGCUGGCCACCCUCUUCCUGCGCUACGUGCAGGUGGCGCGGCGGCUGGAAGCUUGCUACGACCAGAUGGUCCAUCCGCAGAAGCGCCUGGCGCUGCGGCCGCUGCUGGACAGCGUGCUGGGACGCAUCCUGGAGCUGAAGCAGGAGCUGGUGGAGCUGGACCUCUCUGAGUACCACUAUAUGGACCACGUGCUGGAGGAGCUCAAGCUGACGCCGGCCGAGAUGGAGGUUCCGAUUCCCAAGUACUUCAUGAGGGAGCGGGCCAAGGUCCUGCAAGAGCGUCAGGAGGUGCUGGCGGGGCUCCUGGCCCGCAUGGAGCCCUCCAAGGCCAUCCCUUCCCCCCACUCUCUGAUUCUGAGAGAUGAGGCGGUGAGGCUCAUCCAAAUGGCAGAGCGGAUGCGCCAGGGCCGCCUCCGGGCCCACUUCAUGGCUGAGAUCCGGAGGGACGAAGAGCGCGAGCGGAAGAUCAGGGAGGGAGGCCCAGAUGAAUCCAACCGGGACAUGGCUGCCAUCUGCAUCCAGAAGAUCUGGAAAGGCCACGUGCAGCGACGGCUCACCAGGAUGGCGCGCAAGGCCGAGAUGGCUUUCAUCGGCAUGGUGAGCGCAACGCCCGGCGGGCAGCACAGGAAAGAAGCCGGGCGGCAGGCGUGGGGAAAAAGCGGGGACAGGGUGCGGGGCUCAGGACUAGCCGCGCAAGGCGGAACGUCCGCAUCGCGCGGAGCCACCCGGGCGCGCCACUUGCGGUCCGCAUCCCGAGCCGAGGCGGCCGGCCGGCAGCCCUUCCGCGCGCUCCCCGAGCGUCCGGACGCCCCCACGCCCCCACCCGCGUCUGGCCCGUCCCGCCCGCAGGAGUUGGAGCCGCACCUCGCCGGCCCCUCGCCGGCCACGAUCCGCGCCCAACUGGGCGAAGAGUUGCGCCGGAUGCGCCAGGCGGACUACGAGGCCGAGUACCGCGAGGCGCAGGAGCGCAUCCGAGACGCCCUCCUGGAGCUGGAGGGGCCCAACUUGCGCGAGCAGCUGCGCGAACAGCUCCGCCAGUGGUUCAUCGAGUGCCGUGACCUGACUGGCCAUUUCCCCGACUACCCAGAGGAGGAAAUUGGGGGCUGUGAGGUCCUUUUUGCCCAGAAAACUCCUGAAGAGGUGAGGGCUGAGCUGGAUCUGGCAGAGAACAAGAUGGACUCCAAGAAGGAGAAGGAGCCAAAAGAAAAGACGGAGAAGGAGCUGAAAGAAAAGGAGGAAGAGAGCAAGAAAGGGAAGGGGAAGGAGAAAGAGAAGGAAAAGAGAUUGGAGGAAGAGGAAGGGCUGAAGCUGGCUCCUUCCAAGUUCCUGCCCACCAUCAAUCAGGGAUUCCUGCGGUACACAGGCUGCUGGGGCGAGAAUGACGAAGCCAUCAACUUCGAGCAGCGCUACCAGCCGGAUCUGAUCAGGGUGCAGAAGAGGAGAGAGAUGGAGACUGAGAUCCGGCUCCAGGUGGACGAACUAAUGCGGGAGGAGCUUCGGCACCUGCGUCUGGCAAUUGACCAGGAGGAGACAAGGACUCAGAAGGGCCCCAAGAAGGGCCCCAAGGUCAGGUCAGGGGGACAGACAAAGAAAGGAAAGAAAGAGAAGGACCUGACGCCAGAGAGGACCAUUGAUUCUCUUUACGAAGAACUGGUGUUCCAGGGCAUUAUUAAGAAGUCCUCGAAGGUGCAGCUGGCCGAUUACUCAGGGGACUUCUGCUACCUGGGAACUUUCUUGCGCCAGAAGGACAUUGAGCCCGUUCCCUCCAUGCUAGACGUCAGGCAGAACAUUGUCCUCUAUGCUAUCCUUCCUCUGGGUUCCCAGACAAUGCAUGAAUUGGCACCCCAGGUGAGGUCCAUCCUCCUGGCCGGCCCGCCAGGCACAGGGAAGAAGAUGCUGGUCCACGCUGUCUGCACUGAAACUGGGGCCAACCUUUUCGAUCUUUCGCCAGACAACCUGGCCGGCAAGUAUCCGGGCAAGGCUGGCCUCCAGAUGCUCAUCCACCUGGUGUUCAAGGUGGCCCGCGUUUUGCAGCCCUCCGUGAUCUGGGUCGGGGGUGCGGAGAAGAUGUUUUAUAAGAAGAUCCCCAAAGAGGAGAAGGACUUGGAUCCCAAACGGCUGAAGAGGGACUUGCCCAGAGCCCUGAAGCUGCUGAAAGCCGAGGACCGUGUGCUGCUCAUGGGUACCACCAGCAGACCAUACCUGGCCGACCCCAAGGCCAUCGGCAAGGCCUAUGAGAGGCUCCUGCUCAUUCCCCAGCCUGACUACGCUGCUCGCUAUGUUACGUGGCAGUGGCUGAUCCAGAGGCACGGCGGGGAGGUCAGCAGCAGCCUCGACCUGAGCGCCCUGGCGAAGGUGUCAGAUGGCUACAGCCAAGCCAGCCUGGAGCAGGCCGUGAAGCUGGUGUUGACCGAGCGGCGCCUCAUGCAACUGCCCAAGAAGCCCCUCUUGGCCGCAGAGCUACUGCAGAUGCUGGGCAGGACGGACCCCAUCUACCCCGAGGAGUUGGGACUGUUGCAGGACUGGUAUGUCAAAACUCCUCUGGGCAGAAGGAAGCUGGAGGAGGCAGAGAAUGUCCCAGCGGCUGUGGGCCAGGAGAAGCCAGGGCAGAAGAAGACCCCAAGGGUGGAGGCCUUGGAAACCUGCCGAGCUCAUAUCCAAGCAUUGCCCUCCACAGCUGCCCAGCCCGUGGGAAAAGGGUCCCGGGCAACAGUUUUCCCCUUGCACACGGUGCCAUUGGCAACCCGGAAGGAUCUGGCUGAGAAGGGACUGGACAUUGUUCCAGGAAUGGCUGCAUCGCUGGGCCUGGAGGAGACCCCAGAAAUGUUGGACGAAGGACCAGCUGGUCAAUUUCAGUGUGGUGAAGGGUGA